AUGGUGUUCCUUGUUUCCACAAGGUCAUUCUUCAAGAGUGUUGUCAGCCAACUUCUUGUUCGAGCGGAAGAAGCAGCUAUCGAGUCGUCUGCUAACAAAGAGUUUAACGAACAGGAUGCACUAAGUUCUGUGUUGCUCUUUGUGGGUGAAGUGUUAUCCCAUGUUAGCCGUCGUGGAUCUACUGGCAUUUUAGUUGCUGAAUUGAUCCCUAUGAUCCGUAAUCACUUACAAAGAUGUGUAGCACCAGACUGUAAGACGAUAAUUCCUGACAUGAUCAAGCAUGUUCCUCAGUCUCGGUUUUGGUUCACUGUGAUUGAAGCAUUGAGAGAUCAGCAUUCUAUUGAAAGAUUGACUGAAGAGAUGUUGCGCCAACUUGCAUCACACCAUUUAAAUGAUGAAGAAGCGUACUGGAUUUUGUGGACUCUGUUUAAUCAGAGUAUCAUGCAUAUUGCUGUUAUGAGGGCAAUGUUUAUUGACAAAUUUUUGCUUUGGAAAACAUUUCCAUUAUGCUGCCUGAGAUGGAUUCUUCAUUAUGCUGUCUUUGAAUUCCCACCAAAUUCAGUCACAGAAGCCCAAAUGCGAAGGACAUCAAACUUCCUGGUUACAUUGCAAUGUUUAGUUACUGUUUGGUCCAAGAAAGAGUUUGUUCAGUCAUAUUCAGUGGAGCAACAAGCUUAUAUCACUGCAGCAAUAGGGUUAUGUUUGGAGAACAUGUCAAAAGAAGAAUUAGAAAUGAAUAGAGAUGUAUUAAAUUGUAUUCUUCAAGGAGUAAGCUGUAGGUUAGAGAGCCCAAUUGAUUUAGUCCGGAAAAUGGCAAGUGCUGUUGCAUUGACAUUUUCUAAAGUCGUUGAUCCAAAAAAUCCUCUUUACCUUGAUGAUGACUGUUCUGAGAAUGUUGACUGGGAGUUCGGGGUUCUCUCUCCAAAGGAGAUCACAGCUCCUUCACAUGAUGUAGAAUUUGGAAGCAAAUCAAAACCAUGUCCACGUAAGAACAGGAAACAUGCUGGUGACAAAAAGGGAAAGACUAUCAAGCAUGAUAUUUCAGAUAACAGAGUAAAAAUCAUAGAGAUCAAGUCAAAACUAGAUUCUGAUGAAAUGUCUGGCGCUGCUAUAAAUUUUGAGGAACAUUAUGACGAGGAAAGCAUUAACAUUGAUGCUUCCAGUGAUUCAUCCCUGGAGCCGUAUGAUCUGUCAGAUGAUGACACUGAUUUGCAGAAGAAUUUCACACAUCUAAGUGAUCUUGCAGCUGCACUGCGAAAACCUGACGAUCUAGAUGGUGUUGAAAGCGCUCUUAGUUCUGCCGAAAAGCUUGUGAGGGCAUCACCUGAUGAGCUGCGCCACUGCUCGGGUGAUCUUGUUCAAGCACUGGUACAUGUUCGUUGUUCUGAUGUCGCGAUGGAAGGCGAGGAAGAUUCUGCUGAAGAAAAGCGACAGAAGGCAUUAGUCGCUUUGCUGGUAACCAGCCCAUUUGAAUCAUUAGAUGUUCUUACCAAAUUGCUAUAUUCAUCGAGUGUGGAUAUAAGUCAGCGUAUUUUAGUUAUUGAUGUUAUGACUGAGGCAGCACAGGAACUUGCUGAAACUAAAAUUGUAAAGAGUGAACAGCGGCAUGGGAACUUGAUAUCUGAUACUUCUCCGUCUUGGCUGGUUCCUAGGGAGAGCGGACCUGUUGGGGCAAGCCCUUGGAGAGAGGUAUCAGAAACAGGAUCACUUUUGAAAAAUUGGUCACACCGGUAUGAAAGAGAAGUUCCAUCUAGACCAGGCCAGGUUAAAUCAGGAAAAUCUCGCAAAUGGGGUCUUGGGAAAGCAAAAGAUUCGCAGGUGGAGCGGUCAAAAAACAGAUUUCCUUUGUAUGCUGCUGCAUUUAUGCUCCCGGUUAUGGAAGGAUAUGACAAGAGAAGACAUGGGGUGGACUUGCUCAAUCGGGAUUUUGUUGUCCUAGGUAAAUUGAUAUACAUGCUUGGUGUCUGUAUGAAGUGCAUGGCAAUGCAUCCGGAAGCAUCAGCCAUUGCCCCAGCUUUUCUGGAUAUGAUAAGAGCCAGGGAGGUCUCGCAACAUGCUGAAGCAUAUGUGCGAAGGUCUGUGUUGUUUGCAGCUUCUUGUGUAUUGAUAGCCUUGCACCCGUCAUAUGUUGCAUCAGUUCUUAUAGAAGGCAACCAGGACAUUUCUACUGGUUUAGAAUGGAUACGUACAUGGGCCUUGCGUAUUGCUGAAGCUGAUCCUGAUACAGAGUGCACAUCGAUGGCCAUGGCCUGCGGCUCCAUUCAGAGAUGGUGCUCCAGACAUCCCGCGCCCUGGAAUCUGCAGAACAUUCCAAGGCUGGCACCAGAGCACUACCUUCUAAGCUCGAUAACAUUAUAAUACCAUUCGCAAACAUGAUGUGAUCUGAUGCAGUCUUGAAGUUGUAAAGGGAAUUUUCUUUCUCAUUUGUGUUACCGUACUAUAGAUUUUUUUUAGUCGUGCUAUAGAAUUGCUUUAGUGUA